AUGUCUAUGUUUGAAAACGAAGAUCCAUGUGAUUCGGAGAACGCCAUUUUGUUGCCCAGUUUAAAGACCUGUCUGGUGUACAACAACCGAGCAAAAACAUGGAUCGAGGCGGCCCAGGAAUGUGAACGCUCUGGGGGGAGUCUGUACAGAUUAGAAGAUGGCCGGCUACAGAUGGAGAAAAACGUCAGGGAUUGUUUGGGCUCUCAUCCCCAAGGAGCAACUGACAUGGCUUUCUGGAUCGGUGCUAUCGGAACCUGGACACCCCAAUGGUAUUGGGUAAAUGGUUCGUAUUUAAGUCCACUGGAUACAUGUGCCGUAAACACUACCGGCCUGACAUCACCCAACUCAAGAGAUAUUUGUAGUAAAUACCUUAGUAUUGAUCACUGUGUGGCCACAUGCAGGUCGGACGGAGCAAAAUAUUCUGUUGUUACGAAUCAACAAACGUUUCCAUGUUGUUGGUGUAGCAACCGGUCUCCGGAGUACCCUAAAGUAUGUUCGUCUGAGAGAGUUACAUUCGGUCAGACCGCCCAGAGACCCAUCUGGGUUUAUAACACAUUUUCACAAACAGAUCUUGGAAUAAUCCUAGAUUCAUCAGAGAUUUUCACCACAUCAGAAACAUUGUGUGGAGUUAUAGAUGAUAAAACUGCUGUUAGACGAGAGCUAUCCAGUGAACCCUGUUUUACCAAAAACCCUUUUAUCUGUGAUCUGGGAACAGCCUAUAGACCAUGCCAACUGUUGAUCAAUGAUCACUGUAUGUAUAUCGGCGAGGACAAAUUAAAUUGGGCUGAGGCUCGGGCUGUGUGUCGAGUAAUGGGAGGUGAUUUGGUUCUAACAGUAAAGGAUAUUGACGUCAUAAACCAGUUUAAGCCUCUUAUUAAAGGUAGUCACUGGGUUGGAGCCACUAAUUAUUACUGGAAUUUUGAGCCAUUGAGUAAUGUGUUUGGAGGCAGCCCGGAUUAUGAGAGUAUCGCCUGUGGUCAUAUGCACAAUGACCAGGCUAAUGGCGACUGGGAUUGGAGUGAUGCUAAGUGUGAUACAACAAAACCUUUCGUCUGUCAGUACAGACCGAAGACUAAUGUAGCAUCAGUUUCAUCACCAUUCGUCUGUCCCUGGCCAAUACGUGUGGGUAGAAUCACCAAUGGACCCUUUGUCGAUAUCACCACUGGCCCGCCCAUUGGUAUUUUACCCAAUGACACUGCUGUAUCUUAUGUUGGCUCUGGUGGAUCGACGUUUCCACUAGCUGCUAUAAUAGCUGCCAGCAUCAUGGCUCUGUUGAUUUUAACCUGUGCCAUCUUGACUAUUGGUUUCAGUCGUCGAAGGAAAAGGUUUGUCUCGAACAUGAGAAAAAGUUUCAAGAGCGAUGGUUUUUGGGCCAUCUCUAAAGCACCGAGACAUUAUUUCCAGUUAUGGAACACUCCGUAUAGUGUUUACUCAGAUAGAAAAUCCGAUAUCGACGUCGAUUCCUUAUCCACGAUCCAUACCGGCGUCUUUAACGAAGGUAGCGUCUCCGGAUAUGGUUACGGAUACGACGAACAUGGACGACCUGUUUACAUGAUGGACGGAGGCGAUUACAUAUACGGCAAGAUAAAUCGAACGCAUAGUGAACGUUCGAAUAUUCAACCCCACGUUCUUAGAGAUCCAAUACAGGAAGUUGAUGAAAAUGAAGAAACGGAAGUGAAGACGAAUCUGACAAACAUGUCCUCCAUGCACAGUAUGACGUCAUUGAAUCCCAAAGAAUACAUGACUUUGGCAGCCAUGAUGAAUUUUGGUGACGAGCAGAUCACUGGUAAAUCGACUCUACGGAAUCGACCGGAAGUAGCCUUGGUUACAAGCGAUGUUGAUCUGAAUUUCACGGUAAAUCAUGCCUUGCCCAAGAAAAGAACAUUUAGUAACGCCAGUGAGCGAACCCUAGAAGAAAUUGAAUUGCCAAGGGGGACAACUGUCGAACUUCCGACUAAAAUGAAACAAGAAGAUGACGUACUUUACUGA